CGGUUAAUCCCGUCCAGUCGGCCGAGGGCCUUGCACCUUGCACGACGAACGAUCCUGUCGCCUCUCUCUUUCUUUCUCUUCUCUCUCUGUCGUCUCGCGCUGCGUUUACGUGCGUAAUUUCGCGUCCAACGCGCGGCAAAUGCAUGAAUUGACGCACAAUUAAUGAUCGUGGACGGCACCGCAACUUCGGGAUCGGGCCAAGGAAUCGUCGUCGGGAAACGUCUGGACUCCGUGGUUCUAAAUGUCAAUCCGCUCCGCGCCGGGACCUGUGAGCGAUGAUCUCCUCGUUCGACACGCGACGCGCUAUCUGAGCAACUAGAGUGUUUCAUCAGGAACACAGUUGAUGUGUCUCGAUCCUUACCUGCCGCGAGACCGAACGAGAUACUCUGACAGCAGUGUCACGCGCCCACGGAUGUGCUCCAAGUAAUCGUUAGCAGAGUGGAGGUAUCGCUGCGCCGGUGGAUCCCCAAAAACAUUCGCCACCUGGACCUCUGUUAUGGAAACUUGCGUCCUGAUACCUAGAGAAUUCUCCUUGGUCCUCGCCAGUGAUCAGUCGUCCUGCAAGAGCCUCUUCAAAAAUGACUCGGGCACGUUGGUCACGGAUGUGAGAAUUUCGGUGUGGUCGAACGUGUUCAUCCCGUCGGGCACCCUGAUAUAUCCGUUUCAAGGAUCAAUCCGAUUCGACAAGAUCGAUCUUUACUCCCUUCUCGAUGACAAUGACAUCAGACGCGAGUACGGCUGUUACGACGAGGUCUUCUUCUCGAACUACAAUCUUAACAAGCGUCAGUGCAAUUGGAUAAGGUUUCUACGUAUCGUCCAGUCGUACGAUGAGCAAGUUAAUCUGAUCGGCACGAAGGUAAAAGGUGAACCUAUAUUCGAGGUGAUAAAAGACGUUCAACCGGAUACGGAACUGGUGGCUUGGUUCCUGCCAGUAACGCAGCAGGAUUUCGUUAUCAUCUCGCAUGAUGUGUGCUCUAGAUCGGCUAUCUACAGGUGCACGAUCGACUCUAUUUUAGACGAAUCACCACUGGACCUAUCGAUGACGCUACUUGCUCAUCAUUCUCUACCACCAAUAUCACACUCCUAUUACGAAAUGGAUGAGUACGAAUCGACGUCCGAGGAAUCCUCAUCAUCCACGCUGUCGUUGGCCGGCGAUCACCUCGAUUGCAGCAUCCUGACGACGAUUAAGAGAGGAGAGAGGGUUUUAUUGCCCUGCGAAGUCUGCGGCAAAUCCUUCGACCGGCCGUCUCUACUGAAACGGCAUAUGAGAACGCACACAGGGGAGAAACCGCAUGUCUGCAUGGUGUGCAACAAGGGUUUCUCAACCUCGAGCUCGCUGAACACGCAUAAGCGCAUCCACAGCGGCGAAAAACCUCAUCAGUGCCUCGUCUGCGGUAAGAAGUUCACAGCCUCGUCGAAUCUCUACUAUCAUCGGAUGACUCAUAUCAAGGAAAAACCACACAAGUGUUCACAAUGCUCGAAGUCAUUCCCGACGCCAGGCGACCUGAAGAGCCACAUGUACGUGCACAAUGGUCUGUGGCCGUUCAGAUGUCACAUCUGCAGCCGCGGUUUCAGCAAGCCCACCAACUUGAAGAAUCAUAUGCUCCUCCAUCUGGGCAGAUGCUCCAAUAAGAAGUACAUCAAGUCGAUCUCCGACUUGUGACCGAAUGCGAACUCGUGAGGGUUCCGCGGAGAGUCUCGAGGAUUGUUGACGGAGACGUAACGUGCCAUUGCUGGUCAGACAUGCGAGUCGACAUGAGGAUGACCUAUGCGCAGGUGCCAUCCACUCGUGUUGCGAUUGACUCAGGUAUAUGUGAAAGCGCACUUAUUGAAUGACGCAAAAAGUUCUCGCGAAGUCUCUUAACCCUGACCGUUAUCUCCUACGUCUCUAAAACGUACUCACAUCUCUCCCGUUUUUUUCUUCAUAAAUGUAUCAUAUAAAAUUGAAAGAAGAAAUCAAUGUUUAUUAUACAUAAGUAAUUAAAAGCAUAAAAAUAUCCAGUCUUCUUAGAAAAUUUUUUGUUGAGUACUUUUUUAAUGAAAAUUUUAAAGGGAAUAGUCUGAGGGACGCAUGAGGUUACGCUAACACAUAAUCUACACAGGUAACUGUCAGGGUUAAUUACUCGAUUCGCCGAUUACGUUGCACCCAGUAAACAUAGAAUAACAGUAACAUUACACCAAUGUUAUAAUUUCUCACUCAAUAAUGUAAGUGCGAUAUAGCACGUGUUGUACAUAACAGUUACAUGGUUAUGUGAAAAUUUAUAGCAUUGACGUGUUAUAUUGCUGUUACUCGAUGUUCACUCUGGGCUAUUGUAUAUAGUUAUUCGUUCGUAAUAAUAUAUCGUUUGUGACUCGUCUUCGCAUGCGCCAUUAAUACGGAUACGAUGAAAGUAACGCUUCCGUGACUGAGCGAAAUAAUUCGGCAUCCCUUGCUUAUUUCCAUGAGUUUCUUUUUGAACACUUGACAGUUUGAGAAUAUUCUCUUGCAAGAAGAUAUAUCAAGUAUGAGCUUCACUCAACAAGAAUCGAUCGGUCACCCAAGGUUAUUAAUUAUCUCGUUUAUGAAAUUAUUAUCUGAAAUUGAUCGAGUAACCGGGACGUAAUAAUAAAUAAGCUAUGUACAGAUACAGACAAAAGUUCUUUGGAACGUAAGUUGCCAUUUUCUAUAAUAGUUGUAAGUAACAAUUGAAAGGUAUAUUAAAGACGUCCGAAUAAAUGGACUUGGAUAAUGCAUAAUAAAUAUAUAUAUAUAUAUAUAUAUAUAUAUAUAUAUAUAUAUAUAUACAUAUAUAUACAUAUACUUACAUGUAUGUGUAUGUAUAUGCGAUAAGAUUCUCAUUAUAUUGACAUUACUUCCCUACUGGGGAGCACGGCGACAAUUUCCGUGUAUCGACCUUGCCUAUUGUUCAGGUAUCAGCAAUUUUUAAAUAAAUAUUACCUGCAGAUA